GAAUUCCAAAUUUGUCCGAUUCUUCGAACUCAGGCGGAAACGAUUUCAAUCGAUUGAAACAAUUCACAACUCCUGCACUUGAGUAGCAAUUGAUCUUUUCUGGGUAUUGCAAGUUGAAGUUGAGUUUGACGUAUGUCACGACAGUAUUUGCGUAAUUAUCGUUAAGCGAAAUUAAUUAUAAUGUCGACCGUGAAAUAUCUGUGUUGUUUUGCUAUAGUGGCGUUACACAUCGAGUUAUCAUAUGGGCAUUGCAACAUAAUGGCAGAGUGUGAAAAUGAAUUACAAUGGAAAAGAUGGACAAAUAGUUACGAACCAGGGAAGCCUGGAAAACGGGGUGCACCAGGACCACACGGUCCACCUGGUGCUAAGGGUGAACCGGGAGAAACGAUUGAGGUCAUUCCUGCACCUGAUAAGGAUGAAACAACACCCGUAAUGCACUUUCUGGGCCAUACGGUAACUUGGAACACCGCAAAAACUUUCUGUCACGUUACAGGAAAGAAACUCUGUAGAACAAACGAACUGUGUCCCAGCAACCGAGGAGGACGCCAAAUGAUUCACGAUGCUAUUCCAGGAGAUCACUGGGUCCCAGUGCUUGAUGGAUCAAACAAAUGGAUGCAGGCUGGAGAUUCUAGACGGUUUACCUGUCACACACAUACUGAAACACACGGAGGAGGUAUGGCGUCAUGGGGAACCUCCAACAGUCCAGCUCCUCAUAAGGGUUACGUGUAUUGUUGCGGAGAGAAAUAUACAGGUCCACGUUAUCAAUACAUUGGAAAGGCAGCUACAUAUGAUAUGUCAAAACAGCAUUGUGUGAAUCAAGGCAGAAGAUUGUGUCAUGCAGGUGAAAUUUGCACCAACAACAAACCUAUAUAUGGUAUCAUAGCCCGUGAUGCAUGGGUUGCUGCGAAUGAUCGUCAUAAUGAAUGGAUUCAAAUCGGCAAUUCAAAUACAUGUGCUGUACAUGGUGUCCUCCAUUCGGCUCCCGCUUGGGGAAUCAGAACUGAUGGAAGAUUAUUUGAUUUUCUGGGUUUCGUACUUUGUUGUCAGAACUAAAACGAAACGAAGAGAGUGAUUUCAUCAUCGCCAAAAUGCUGACUAUAAGAUUAAAGAAAACAAUAUUACUACUCAUUCUAUGUAAUUUUUAAUUAUUUUUAUCUCAAUUUUUGUCCAAAAAUCUUGUUUUGAAACAAGCAUUUUCAAGAAAUUGCAGAAACAAUGUUCAGUUUUAUUCACUCGUAUUCUGUAUUAUGGAGUUUUCAAAUUCAACCUUGGUGACGAAUAUAUAAAAGAACACAUCAGUGUCUCCUCAA